AGCCCUUGGCCUAGAGGAGCUAGCCUGCGAGGUCCCGGUGUCUGGGCGCAAUCUCGCUCCUAACGCGCCCGUGAAGAGAAACGGUGUCGCCGUGUUAACGAGAAAGCCCUCUGGGGGGUAAGGCGGCAACAGCCCUUGGCACGAGCACCAGCCCCAACACAGCCAAGUGGGUCAUCACAGCUAGGUAUAUUGAUCAGAAGAUACAUAAACAUCGGGGACCCCCUUUCUGUGCCUCGAGCCGACUAUUGGACUUGCUCCUCUCGGUCGCAAACUACCGAGGUACCUCCCUAACGACCUCGUUCGAUAGCCAGCAACGACAGCAACAUCAUGGACUCGCUCAUGCCGCCGAGAACAUCAUGGAUAGCAAGCGCGGCGCUGCUCGGGGUCACCCUAAUCCCACUCAUCACCUUCUGGGGUUUUCAUCUGUGCGGGCGGCGCGUCAAACACCAGCCCCAGCCCCAGCCCUUGAAAUUAACAGGCAUAUUCCUGCACAUAGCCCUCCCCGCCUUCAUCAUGGCCGUCAUCGCUGGCAUCAUCAGCCCUGCCAUCUGGGCUGACUCCUACACUGCCAUGGGAGAACGGCGCUACGGCUGGGUGGCGAGCAUGGUGGGUUCCUACGCAUCGGUCACCUCCGCGUUUCUCUCCGUCGCGGCUAGCAUCAUCGCGUCUCAGGCGGUUUAUCUCUCCGGGUUAUGCGUAUGGUAUCUGGUGCUGGGGAAGCAGAAGUGGUGGAGCGUGGUACAGCUGGAUACGGUCUGCGCAACGGGGCUGCUUGUCGUCCUUGAUGUUGCAUGGUUCGCCAAGGCCAUCUCGGAUUCCGUUACCGGCAAUGUCGAUAGCAUCCGGCUGGAAUGGCUGAUUGUGAUGAUCGACCUCACUCUGUGUCUCGUCGCGGCCUUGAACGUUGUCGUGGCCAUAUAUUGCGCAUCGAAACUGAAAAGGCGAGGCGACCUCGCUGUUGGGAAUUUAUCGUGGCUCUUUCUGGCGGCAUCUUUCCUCUGGCUGCUCCGCUGCGCCUUCGUCUUGGCAGUUGACCUCAAGAGUGUCGUUCGGGACUGGACUGCAGUUGAACUGACGCUUCAGAGGAUCCUCAACCCCAUUCUCGACUUCUGGGUCUCGGCCACUGUCCUGGGCUUGGUCACCUUUAUGCUGCGCAACCCCGUAUGGUCGGAUCCGUCCGUGUUUUCCGACCGGCCGCACUGGCAACAGCAACAGGCGUAUGGCCAGUAUGAGGGUCAUUACCCACAGCCGCAGUACGGACAGCAGCAACAGCAGCAACAGCAGCCGCACGUGUACGAGCACUCCAGCCCCCAUCAGUACUACCAACAACAACCGACCACAUACCAGUCAUACCGACAACCGCAAGACAACCGGAUGUGAGGGGAUGGAAGUUGAUGGAUUUAGUAAAUGACAGCCAGCGAGAUACCCAUGAUACCUAUUGAGCUAUUGAGCAUUAGUCCAUGACUCCAUAAUGAUAACUUGACGGACUCGGAUGC